GACACCGUCUCCUCUUUCACACACACGCAUCCAUCACUGAAGAAAAAGCACACCAAGGGAGACAUAGCAGUGCAGUAGAAGGAAAAGGGAGCAGACUUUUUCGCCCAUUCCCUUUUCCGACUCUCAUAUAUCCUCUCUGCUUUCUGAGACGAGGUGGGAGACUUGGACGCAUUGAUGCCUUCCCGUCCGCCGCCGGCGGAACCGCCGGGUCCCCACCGGACCAACCACAACCACCAUCAUCACCACCACCGCCACGUCAUUCCCAUAGCGGCCAUCGGAGGUGCCGCCGUCGUCCUGACCGUCACCCUGGUGGUGCUCCUCUAUCGCCGUUUCGCCCGUGGCAGCCCCACCCCCACCGCCCCUUCGCCCCCGCCGCCCCCCGCUGGCCCGCUCCGUCGGUUUACCUACGCCCAGCUCCGGCGCGCCACCGCCUCCUUCGCCCCUUCUCUCCGCCUCGGACAGGGCGGCUUCGGCCCCGUCUUCCGCGGCGCCCUCCCGUCCGGCGAGGAGGUCGCCGUCAAGCUCAUGGACUCUUGCGGUUCCCUCCAGGGUGAGCGCGAGUUCCACAACGAGCUCGCUCUCGCCGCCAAUAUCCUCGCUGUCCCAUCCUACGCCGCCGCCGUCGUCCCGACCAUCGGCUUCUGCUCCGACGACGAUGGCCGACACCGGCGUUGGUGGCCUUGGUGGAGGCGGCGGGAGGCAGAAGAGCCACUGGAGCUCUCGGAAGCCGCCGCUGCCGCCGCGCCGCCCGGUCGGAAGCUUCUCCUGGUCUACGAGCUGAUGCACAACGGAAGCCUCCAGGACGCGCUGUUGGACCGCCGGUGCCCGGAGCUGAUGGACUGGCAGCGGCGGUUCGCGGUGGUGCUCGACGUCGCCCGCGGCCUCCACUUCCUCCACGCUGUCUGCGAUCCAGCGGUGAUACACGGCGAUAUCAAGCCGAGCAACAUCCUCCUUGACGCUCACCUCUCGGCCAAGAUCGGCGACUUCGGCCUCGCCCGGCUUAGAUCCACCGCGACGGAGGAUCACCUCCCUACCGAGGAGGAAAUCAAAGUCGACAUCGAUCUAGACAAGCACGCGGUGAACGAUUCGAAAACGUCAGGAAAGGAGAGAAAGAAAGACUCGGUGACCGUAGGAGGGCAGGAUGACGCCUCGGCCGUGACCAUGGGAGAGACGGCGGAGAGCAUAACAACGACUACGACUGGGUUCGAGGAGCAAGCUCCGAACGCUGGGGCGAAUGGCAUCGCCACCACCGACAGAUCGGCGGAGGAAGAUGAGGAUUUCAUGGUGGCAUCGCCAGCUACCGCCGUGGACGUCGCCUCGGUUUCCGAGGCAGGAGUAGGCUUCGAUAGAGUAAGCGUCGAUAGUGGGAAGGACGCUUCCGCGUCGCGGAAGGGAUGCGGUAAAAAGAAGGCCGGUGCUUCCUCGGGCAAGGACUGGUGGUGGAGGCAGGACAUCAAUGGCGGAGGACCAAACUCCGAGUCCGGAGGCAGCGUGAAGGACUAUGUGAUGGAAUGGAUUCGAUCAGAGAUCAAGAAGGAGAGGCCGAAGAGCGACUGGGUUACGGCCUCGACGGCCACUGCCGUCGAGGAGUGCUUGCCUAAGCCGUCCAACGGUGGGAGAUCAGAGCGGAAGAAGAGUCAUCGAAGGAUGGAGUGGUGGGCCUCAUUGGACGAGGAGAAGCCGAAGAAGAAAGAGAAGAGCCGGCCCGCUAGGGAGUGGUGGCGGGAGGAGUUCUGUGAGGAGCUGAUGAAGAAACAGAAGCGGCAGCCAAUGGCCAAGUCCAAGAGCAGCCAUGAAUGGUGGCAGAACGAUGAUGACUUUGCUUCACCUUCCGAGAAGAGUAAUAGGAGGAAGAAGAAUAGGAGCUAUAGCCGUGGUAGUCGCAGCAGUAUAGAUUGGUGGAUGGAUCGAAUUAGUGGGGAGAUCAGGCCAACCGGAAGGAGAAGUAGCCGGGACUGGGCUAGCGGGGAUAUCCCAAAGAGUGGAACAGUGAGCAGCACACCAAGCAUGAGGGGCACUGUCUGCUAUGUUGCUCCUGAGUACGGUGGUGGGGGGCCGCUUUCAGAGAAGUGCGAUGUUUAUAGUUUUGGUGUUCUUCUGUUGGUUAUAAUCUCAGGCAGGCGACCGCUGCAAGUGACAGCCUCGCCCAUGUCAGAGUUUGAGCGAGCAAACCUCAUCUCGUGGGCUCGACAUCUUGCCCAUUUGGGAAGGCUUCUGGAGCUUGCUGAUCCCUGCCUCCGGUGUGUGGACAAAGAGCAAGCUCUUCUCUGCAUCACGGUUGCACUGCUCUGUCUGCAGAGAUCUCCAGCUCGCCGCCCCUCCAGCAAGGAAAUAUUGGGUAUGCUUACUGGUGAAUCAGAGCCUCCACACCUCCCGCUUGAAUUCUCACCAUCACCACCAGGUGGGUUUUCAUUCAAAUCGCGGAAGAAGGCUCGGAAUCAGGCAAAAAAUAGUAUUCAAUUCAGGAAAUGGGAUUACUGCAAUUACAUCUCUUAAAUCUUUAUUUAUAGUCUUGGGCUAUAAUAAAGAAAUUGCAUGUCAACUUGGUAUUGUUGUCUCGAAGGCAAGGCAUCUUAUGGGAUUGUUGGUAUGAGUAUUUUAUUCCUUGAAAAUUCAUAGCAGAUGCAGGUAUGUUAAUCCUUUUUUUUUAAUUGAAUAUAACUCUAUUGCUGGACAGUACUUGUUGUUUCUGCAAGCUAGAAUCCUUUAUUUAAUUUCUGAUACUGAGAUAUGAUGGAAAUUUUGAAGACAUUGAGGAAUAUGUUAGUCAAUAGAAUUCACUCUACAAGAAUUUGCUACCGAUUAUAUGACUACCAAAAAGCUGAAGGCCCUUACCGAUAUUUCUCUUUUUUUCUCUUACAUUUCUUAUGUGUAGUAAUUAGCUGUUAGUGCAUUCUGUCCCAUGGUGAAAUUUGUCUUGUACUUCAGGUAGAAUUUAAGCUUGGGUAGCCAUUUAGAAGAUAUUUUUUCAUCCAUUUUCUGGACCCGAUGCAUGCUUUUAUGUAUAUCUUUGCUUGCCAUUCUGCAAAAGAAAUAUGUUAUUGAUUGUGCUGUUAUGGCCUAAUGUUUCAAGUCUCUGAUCUAGCCAGUGAUACAGCAUAUAUAUUAUUUUCUUAAAAUUUAAUAGGCCAUUAAUGACUAGCUGUUACAGGAUAAUAUGACAUAGCAAGCUCCAGGCUUGAUUAAGAUUGUCCUUUAUGUUGAGUCUUAUCUAGUCUAGUCUAGAACAUGCAUUCUGUGACUUGCUACUACACUGCAAGCAAUGAAGCUGAAAAUAGAACAGAGGCACUUUUAUUGCGUUAUUUCAACUAUCACAAUGGUACUAGACAUAAGAAAAUUAUGUUAUAAUAUUAUUAUGCAUCCUAUAUUUCCUAAGGUAGCUUCAUUUCUUUUGUCUUUUACAUAUUUUGUUACUUUUUUCUUAUUCUGCAUUGAUGUGCUCCACUUUAGCUAUAAAUCUUCCUGUAAGUGUCACUUAAAGUGAUAUUUUUGACAUCAACCUCUUGCUGGCAAACAAGGAGGGCUUUAAUUGAUGGUUUGGAAGUAUUAUGAGUUGAAAUAGUUGUCUGGUUUUUUAUCAUCAUCAGUUGUUAGAAAAGAUAUAACCUGGACACCUAGCGCUUGAUAAAAGGCCAAUAGAAUCAAACUCUUUUAGAUAAGGAAGAGGCAUGGGGAUAAACAGGAAGAUCUAAUGAUUGCAUGCUCAUCCUUUUUAAACUAUUUGUGCAUUAGGCUGGUUAAGUGUUGUCAAACUGGUACGUUAUUUGCAGGGUGACCUUGCUGGAAGAGUAAGAGAUAUCAGAUGUAGUCACUUUGUGGCCAUUCCAAGCCACCUUUCUAUCCUUAAAUGUCAGUACAGACAAUCUAUGUAAACCUAUUCUUGGUAAAUUUCUGCUGCAGCUCUGCAUGCAACGAAGUUCCAGUUUGUGCUAUACUUGUCAAAGAAUAUGAUGGGCGUCAAUUCUGUACAGUUAUUUGGAAGUUCCAGUAUGUACUAUACUUAACAUUGACCAAGGAUUGCCUUUUCGGGCACCAGACCCGUUUUGGCAAUCUGUCGGACCAGUAUGUACUAGUCGGUAUUGGUAUACUGACACAUGAUACGCCAGUACAUACCGGUGUUUUGACGAAGAAGAAAAAGAGGGUGAAGAGGAAGGGGCGGUGGAGGAAUAGAGGAGGAAGAAGGAAGAAGAAGAAAGAAGAGGGGUGAGGAGAAGAAGCAGUUGCAGUGUACCUGGGAAACAGUGGCAAAGUGGUAGUGGCAAGGUGAAAGUGGAAGCGGUAGCGGUGAGGGCAGCAGCAUCGUACGUGAGAAGAGGGCUCGUGUUCGCAAGCCUUUAAUUGUUUUUUGUUUUUUUUAAUACUGAGUUGGAUAGGGGCUUUUUUGAUUUUUUAUUAUUUUAACCGGAUCACUCGAAAUAGGGGUGGUCUGCAUAUUGGCCUACGCCUAAAUCGGCAUGUACUGUUUCUGGUGGUACACCAGUCCAUGUUAAUGACUGCUAUCUAGGUUUUGAGUCAUCUUCCUGGGGCACACGUGCAAAGUGAUUAUUACUGGCGAACUUCACCAAGACAUAUCAGAGGUAAGAACUUGUUCAGUAUCAUUCAUGUUAAUUUCCAAAGAUCUAACACAGAUGAAGGAUUCUCUUCGGCUCUUUCUUGGCUAAACCUGCAUGUAAAACCUUACUGAAUGGCUGAAGACUUUUCUUUUGAGCUACGUGUUUGUACAUUUACAUGAUCUGUUUUUCCUUUUCCAGGAAUCAUGGUACAAAUUGCAUUUCUAAUGUAGUGAUUUAUACUUUGCCUAUUGGUGAAUAUUUUGCAUUAUUUAGCCGGCACAUAUCUUACAGAGUUGUUCUG